CCGACGUGGGUGUGGUUCUUGGUAUCGAUUGUUCUAAGCAUUUCUCCUAAGUUAGUCACUCUUUUUGCCUGUUCGACCACCUACUCCGUACCUGGCUUUGAUGAGUACUUGGUCGCAAUUGAAUCCUUGAUACGUUUUGACUCUAUAUUCCCACGUCAACAGCGACACCGCCAUGGAGGUCUCGUUGCGGGACGAGCUGCCCAAACAUGACCACGACCGAGCCAGCGAUAUCCACCCUGCAAUGACGAUAUUGACACACGUCAAGCACGCUUGUGCCGACUACCUCCAACCCUCAAUGUGGUUCAAUAUGCACAGACGCGGCAACAAGGUGCUCGGACGCACUGCUUAUCUCGACGGCCUACGAGGGUUCGCCGCACUGCUUGUCUACUGUCUGCACCACCAGGUUUGGGGUCACUCAGGAACAAAGGCCGAAUUUAUACUUGAAAAUGCAUAUGGAUGGGACAGACAAUUCUACUUUGCCUGUUUACCAGGUAUCCGGCUAUUCUUUUCCGGCGGACAUCUGGCCGUGGCCGUUUUCUUCGUCAUUUCUGGCUUUGUGCUGUCGGCAAAGCCUCUGAGCUUGAUCCACGCAGGAGAGACAGGCCAGUUGAGCGACAACCUUGGAUCGGCCCUGUUUCGACGAUGGCUUCGAUUGUUCAUUCCAGUAAUUGGCACCACCUUUGUUUGGAUGACUUCGUGGCAUCUUUUCGGCAUCAAAUCCAGCAAUCCUGCGAGCCCUGAGCCAGAGAAGAAAUACAUUGACGAACUCUGGAACUGGUACGCUGCGCUCAAGAACUACAGCUUUGUUUUCCACGAGGACCCAGCAUUUGCAUACAACGAUCACACAUGGUCCAUUGCUCUUGAGUUCAAGGGCUCCAUUAUCGUCUACACCGCGCUCCUGGCACUUGCACGGUGUCGACGAAAUGCCCGGCUGGCAAUCGAAGCGGGAAUGGUCUUCUAUUUUCUCUAUAUUGUCGACGGGUGGUACUGCGCGCUGUUUUCCAUGGGCAUGCUUCUGUGUGACCUGGACCUGUUGGCUCUCAAGGACGAACUUCCAAGUUUCUUCUACCACCUCAAGCCACAUAAAAACACCAUCCUGUACGUGCUGCUCGCAAUCGGCCUGUAUCUCGGUGGAGUUCCUUCCAUGAGCGAAGACAUCAAGCAACUCCGAGACUCGCCUGGCUGGUACUACCUGUCAUUCCUCAAGCCACAGGCCAUCUGGGAUUUUCGAUGGUUCUAUCGGUUCUGGGCCGCCACGUGUUUGAUCAUCUCCAUCUCAUAUCUCCCGACGCUCAAGUCAUUCUUCGAGCUGGGCUUCUGUCAGUACCUCGGAAAGGUGUCAUUUGGAUUCUAUCUCGUCCAUGGUCCUGUGCUAUGGACCCUGGGAGAUCGAAUCUAUGCAGCAGUCGGCAGAGUGCGUGAAGGACACGCCGCUGUCGUACCGGGAUGGGUCAAUCUCUGCCCACUCCCGAGUUUUGGACCGAUGGGUUUGGAAUUCAACCUGCUCAUGGCACACGUUGUACUUUUCCCUGUCACAUUGUGGUUUGCCGAAGUGGUGACCAAGGUGUUCGACAACACCAGCGUACGAAUCUCUCAAGGAUUGUACAAAAAGACAAAGGAAACCGGAGACCGCCCCGAUGCAGGCUCCAAGAGAGAUCUAUGGGAAAAGGUGUAGCAGACCCGGUUAUUUUCUCAAUCUAGUAACAUUACACGGAUAUGUACAUGCAUCUUGUGCUGCUGCGGGAUGUUCCAUCAUGGCCCGGGCUAUGGAUCUUGAGUAUACGGAAUGAAGAGGGAUUGGACAGGGCCAAUUUUAGAAGCGGACAGGCGUUGCAAUCACGAUAGGACAGGAGCAACAUGGAUUUGGAUAUGUCUCAUUGGUGUUUGGAUUGUGUGUUGGUACUGCCGGUAUCCAGGUUUCCGAGAGGGCUUUCUCGUGUUCAGCCUCACAGUGUAUCAGGAGGGUUGGUACUUUCGCGCAAAUAGAAUCUCAUGAUGCAAGCCACUUUGAAAGUACAG